AGAACAUAAAGAAGAAGAGUCCCAUAACAGGACGACUGUCUGCCUCUCUCUGUCCCUUUAUCCCUCCUUUUCCAUCCCUCCAUUCCUCCCUCUUCCUAUCUCUCCACCUCCCUCUUUUGCACUGUUCACGCCCUCAGUGAGCGUGGGAGACGAGGCGGAGAGCUGUGUGCUGAGCAGAGCAGACACACACUCCUACACACAGCUGGCACAUACAGAGGAAACUAUUCCAGAGUUUGAGAGGUCUUUCCUCUCAGAUCUGCUUUGUGGAAAUCUGGAGGUCAGACAUCUGCUCACAGCCUGCCUCUCCCCAGUCCAGUGGGCACCCUAAAUCUAAGGCCUACCCUCACCCCCACCCCAACCCAGACUGGGGAAGAGACAGAAGCCAGCAGGGAGCCUGGUGAAGGGAGACAGAGAUUACUGCCAGAGGGAUAGUUAACAGACCGUGACCCCUGACCCUCAACCCCCAGUCCCUUUACCUCCCUGUGUGCUAUCCAGAGCAGGCAUGGACAGCAAUCAGCUGACAGACGAGGAUGUGUCAGGAGAGGAAACAGUGUGUGCCGUGCUGGCCCGCUACGAGGGAACCCUGAGGGACGCUGUCAGGAAGAUUCACAUGGACGUUAGUACCUUCAAGCAGGGUGUGGAGCUGCGCUUAGAGGAGGCAGGGCUGGGGGGGGCGUUGGGCCAGGCGGUGGCCCAGCUGCAGCAGGAGAACCGGCAGCUCCGGGUUCAAUUGGAGACUCUGACCCGACAGGUGGAGCUCCUCACUGGGAAGCUGUGGGAUCGCAGUGCAGUGCUGAACAACCACAACCACUGGGAUCUUCAGGACACACACGGCCAGAACAGGACCCAGACCCAGUCCCAGACCAAGCCCCAGGUAGCACAGUCAAACAUCAGCCAGACAAGUCCCCCAUCUCCCCCUUUUUCCCUCAUUAGCUCUAGUAAUCCCCCUGGUCCUGGUCUGGGAGCUCAAGUGUCCACCCCUUCUGGUCUAGACUCAAGCUGUCUUGGCCCAGUGUCCAGUCUUUUUGACUCAGUCUCCACCACCCCUGGCCCAGUUUCCAGCCCCACUGGCCCAGUCUCCAGCCCGACUGGCCCAGUCUCCAGCCCCACCACGGCCCGCUUCUCCAGCAAAGCCACCUUCACAGUGUCCAGCAAGACUAAUAGUAUUGAACGUGAGGAACCAGCUCCUCCCUCCUCUGGGCUUGAGAAUGGACACUCUAUUGCCUCAGACAAACCAUUUACAACUCCAGACAAACACUCUUCUCACCCAGAACAUUCAACCAUGCUCUUUGGGAAGAGCCUGCAAGACACUGACGGCCCACACCAACAUGCUGCAUCUGUUGCCAUACCGAUGCCACACCUGCCCAUAACUGCCACAACCAAGGUGUCUGAAGCCUCAGCAACCUCCCUCAUGAACAUCCCUGAGUCCUCCAGUAAUCCUGUCAGUCCCUUGCAUGUCUCAGAGCCCCUGCCCCUUAGUCAAUCAACUGGUAACAACAAGCAGCCUCUACAAACCCCAGAGACCCUCUCACAGCCAGUUUCCUUAAUGAAGACUUUGACUCCAUCUCCCAUCAGAGCGCUGGGUUCUCCACAACUUCAAGACAGGUCCGCAACCCGUCAGUCAGUCAGUUGUGGUCUGCACCAGCUUGAUACAGAGAGGGUCAUGGAUGUGAGCAGAGGUGUGUCUCUGGGGAGGGGUGUGGAGAGAAGGCGGGAGCUAGUAAGGUCACAGACUCUGCCCCGAAACAUCGGUGCGCAGGUGCGCCGACCACUCUUUGAGAAGCUUGAUUCUGAAGCAGACAGUAGGCCUAAAACUGUGGACUCCAAGCCAAAGCUAAAACGUUCUCAGAGUUUUGGAGUUUCCAGUGCCAGCAGCAUCAAACAGAUCCUCCUGGAGUGGUGUCGCUCCAAAACCAUAGGCUACCAGAAUAUCGACAUCCAGAACUUUUCAUCUACUUGGAGUGACGGCAUGGCUUUUUGUGCACUGGUCCAUUCCUUCUUCCCAACAGAGUUUGAUUACAACCUCCUGACUCCUGCCAACCGCAAACACAACUUUGAGUUGGCCUUCCGUACCGCAGAGGAGAAGGCAAACUGCGACCGUCUGAUCGAGGUGGAGGAUAUGAUGGUGAUGGGCAGAAAGCCAGACCCCAUGUGUGUCUUUACCUACGUCCAGUCCCUCUACAACCACCUGAGGAAGUUUGAGUGAUGACCCAGACCCAGUCCCACAUCCACUACUACACCCUAUCUGGGCCCACAACCAUAUCCACCACCACACCCAUACCCUGGGCCCACAACCAUAUCCACCACCACACCCUACCCUGGGCCCACAACCAUAUCCACCACCACACCCUACCCUGGGCCCACAACCAUAUCCACCACCACACCCUACCCUGGGCUCAGUAACAUAUCCAC